AGCCCUAAACUUUGCUGGUGGUUGGGGACGUUGUUCUUGUAGCCAUCAGCCUAUGCUGAGCUCGACACUCAAGCUGUGCCGCCUUCCACCUGGCUGUGUAAAUUUAACCCUGAGUCCUGCUGCUCACCUCGCUCUGUGUCUGUGACAUUCUCUCAGCUCGAGUCUGUCCCUGUCAGCAUGGAGGAUUCCUCAGAGCAGUCCCACUGGGUGUCUCCGGCUCUGCUCAGCUCAGACCCACUCGCUGGUUUCUCCUCUGAGCCCGUUCUGCUUCCUCCAGGGGAGGAGAGUGAGGCCUUUUUCUCCAGCCAGGACACAGACUACACCGGCCUGCCCUCCUUCUUCUCCAACCCAAGCCACAGCCGAGCACCGUCCACCUACAGACACAGCUCGGUUCGACAGGUGUUCACCUCACCGAGCCUCCUCAGUAACCUCCAGCUGCUGGACGGGCCUGCCAGCCACUCCCUGAGCUCCCCCUACAACCCCACAGCCAACAGCUGGAGCAGCAGUUCUCUCACCAAGACCCCGCUGCACUCACACACCCCGACUUCCCUCUACACUCCAGGGGUCACCUCCUCCUUCACCACCUCCAGAGAUGGAUACCCUUCUCCGGGGAGAGAGGGCAGGGAGAGCCCCCGGCUUCAGGAGGCCCUAAAGGCCGAGCGCCUGAGCCCUCUGGGGGGGGUGGGAGCCAGCAGCAGCUUUCUUAAUCUGACUCCUGCUGCUGGGAGUGUGUACACACCGUCGUCCCACUCCCACCCGCACAUGCUAAGCCCCUACAGCUCAUACAUGACCAGUCCGCAGGAGUACAGCUCUGCUGCGCUAUACAGCACCGGGGGCUGGAUGAGCCCCUCGUACUCUCCUAAACUCCGCAACAAGAUGAGGAUAUCCACUCCAGAGGCCAGAGAGUGUGUCAACUGUGGAGCCACAGCCACCCCACUGUGGCGUCGGGAUGGUACAGGCCACUACCUGUGCAAUGCCUGUGGACUGUACCAUAAGAUGAAUGGCCAAAAUAGACCUCUCAUCCGACCCAAGAAAAGACUGAUUGUCAGCAAGCGGGCAGGUACAAUGUGUGCCAACUGUCACACAAGCACAACAACCCUGUGGAGACGCAAUGCCAAUGGAGAACCUGUGUGUAACGCCUGUGGACUCUACUUUAAACUGCACAAUGUCAACCGGCCCCUCACCAUGAAGAAGGACGGCAUUCAAACACGCAACAGAAAAGUCUCCAACAAGAACAAGAAGAGCAAGAAGGUGGCCAUGUUGGAGCAGUACUCUGAGGUGAAUCAGCCAUCUUCUCUGGAUGACAAUGGUGGGCACUUUUCCCUCGGCCCCGGGACUCUCCUGACCUACAGCCAUGCACCACACCUUAUCCCAGCGCCCUCCCCUCUGCACCCCUCUGCCUCCCUACCCUACACACACCACCUCAACACCGGCAUGGUGCCCACACUGGUGUGAAAAUACAAAACGGGCACCUUUGUAUACCCUUGUACUCAGGAAUCAGCGCACUUGCUUGCUUUACCACUUGUUUGUGUGGAUUUGUACAUAUGUGUUUCUAC